AUGACGUAUUUAGAUAUGGUUAUCAAAGAGGCGCUACGAAAAUAUCCGACGUUACCGUUUUUGGACCGAGAAUGCACUAAAGCGUACACCAUCCCAAACACCAAUGUCGUCAUCCAAAAAGGAGUUGCUGUCUACAUUUCGUUAACAGCACUACAGCACGAUGGGAACUAUUUCCCAGAUCCCAUGGUGUUCAAUCCAGAAAGAUUUUCAACAGAAAACAAGUCGACUAUCGUCCCAUGUACGUACAUGCCAUUCGGUGAAGGUUACAGGAACUGCUUAGCCACAAAAUUUGGUUACCUGUCGGUUUCAAUUGGAGUGAUAAAGAUAUUGUCACAUUUUGAAAUUGUACCGAGUAAAUACGCGCCCAAGGAGCUCACGUAUGAAAACGGCGGGUUUCUGUUGAUACCUACGAACGAUCAAGUUUUGAUGCCAAAUAGCACGGAAGAAUGGAAUGAAAUAGCAGAAGAAUUUUAUAAUCGCUGGCAAAUUCCAAAUACCAUAUUGGAGUACUACGACGUCAGUAUGGGUUCCCCCAUGGGUGGCGAGUCGCCCCCUCAGUUGUUACACAAGGGGGGCCGCGCCCCCUCUAACAAUGAGUAG